AUGAAAAUUCUGAAACCCCUGACACUGAUAAAAAAUCUUCAGAACAAAACAAAAUAUAGGUGUUGCACUAUCAGUUGAAUCUCUGGGAACCAGGGUGAAACUCGAACCGAAUGAAACUUUUCGUGUGAAUUCAUCUUUGAUUGACAUGCAAGUAGAACAGCACUCCAUUUCUGAAAAAAAUGCUGGAAACGUUGACUUUACUCUGGGAGAAAUUAAAGCCUCUUUGCCAGAAGAAGCAAUUGAACAAGGAUCGUCACAAAAUUCUGCGGAAUCUAUCCCAGUAUCAUUUACUGUUUUCAAGAACGCAGACUUUUUUCAAAAUGACAAGGAUGUCGUUAUAGACAAGGUGUUUUCUUCGAGUGUUGCAAACACAAAAGUUGAAAACUUGGCCAAACCUCUAUGGUUUCAAAUGCCGGAAAUUGAUUCAAGGAGCAAUAAUAGCCGACAAGUCAAAUCAAUCAAAUGUGCUUUCUUCGACGUGAACAAAAAUGAAUGGAAUUCUGAUGGAUGUUCGUAUGUUCCGGGAUCAAAUCCACCUAAUUGUACUUGUAAUCACUUGACUUGCUUUGCUGUACUUGUGAAAACUAACAAAUUAUCGGAUCCCUACGCUCUCGAAAUCUUUGGACAAGUCGGAUGCGCACUUUCAGUAAUUGGACUCAUUCUAAUGCUGGCUUGUAAUUUAUAUUUUCGGUCUUUAAGAAAAAUGCUGACAACUCAAAUACACACCAACCUUGGAUUCAGUCUUCUUGUUGUAUACAUCACAUUCUUAAUUGGAAUAGAAAGAAUUGAAAAAAGAAAUCAAUGCAUAGCAAUAGCAGCAAUUUUACAAUUUUCUUUGCUUUCCACUUGGGGUUGGAUGACUGUGGAAUGCGCCACAAUGUACAAAAAACUUGUGUCUGUGUUCGGCUCUACAGGACCAUAUUAUAUCGUAAAAGCGGCAAUUAUAGUAUAUACGUGUUCUGCUCUAAUCGUUGUGAUCAAUGUUGUAGUCACAAUUGGCUGGUACGAUAAUACAACAUCAAGUGGCUGGGUUUCGCUGGAAAAUGGAGUUGCCAUAUCCAAUCCAUCGUCUUACAUUAGUGAUCGCUUAUGUUGGCUUCACGAAUAUUCUUUGAUAUUUGGUUUUCUGGUUCCUAUUGGGAUCGCCUUUGUUGUUAAUAUCCUGGGAUUUAUUGCUAUAACAAAAGCAAUUACUUGUGAUCGAAAACAGAUCCAGUCAAGUUCGUCGCAAAACAAAACUAUGGCUGAAGAAAUCAAAACAUAUUUAGUGCGAGCUGUAAUAUUGAUGUUGAUACUCGGACUGACUUGGUUAUUUGCUAUUCCAUUAGCAAUAUCAGAUGAUGUUACCACAAAUAUUGUUUUUGGUUGGCUUUUCUCAAUCACAAAUGCGCUACAGGGUUUCUUUUUGUUUUUUCUCUUUUGUAUUCGACGAAAAGACGUCCGUGACUUGUGGAUUAAAGAACUAACAAAACCUUUCAAAAAACAAACGCAAGAAACGUUGUCGACUACUGCCGGAAUGAGGACGGAAAGAUCACCAGUACAUAAUACAAGAAACAGACAAAAAGAUUUUGCGACAGGAAAUUUGAAAACAGAAAGCAGCAAAAGUGAAGGGCAACACUUGCAAACUUCUAUGUAGUAAAUUUACUAUGUCAUCUGCAGCCAUAUAUACAAGCCAGGAAACGCAUCAAUCUACAAUGGUUUCAAAAUCGAUUCCAACUUCCUUACACUUUUGCUGUAGUAGUAUGCAUUAUUUCGUUAUUCGGACCAUCGAAAAAGAUGUCAUCGACGUCGUAUUGCGUAAUUCCUAUUUCAUUUUGUGAGAACUGACAAACAACAGUAGUUGAGUGAAAUAAAAUAGCCAGCCAGAGUGUACAAAGCCUUUAAAUAAGAUGUGAAAAAUGUGUUGUGUAUGAGAUCAGUAUUUCUCAAAUUGUGUUGGUGGUAGUACGUGUAAUUUAGGUUUUAAAAAACUUGAAUCUUCAAGAAGGUUUGAAAAUGAAAAAUAGUUUGAGCUUUUCUUAAAAAAAAUGGCAAUAGUUGUUAAUAAAGCUGGCGUUUUGCGUUAUAAAUAAUAAAACACCAAUUAGAUGUCAUCUACUCGCUAAGCUGUUCUAUAGUCGAAGGUAACCUUCCGAUUAAAAAACUUUAGCAUCUCUUUUAAGAAAUGAAUUGCUCAGUCAGUUCAUAUAAAAUCGUCACAAAGCUUGCAAUAGCGUAUUUAUUCCGGGAAAUGUUCUACGAUUAUGUACCUGCUAUGCUAAAUCAAAUUUCUCACGUCCUAUAAAUUUCAAGUUGUCGUGAAUCAGCGAUUAUUUGAAAUCGUUAGCUAUCGAAACGAACGCCUCUUACUGAA